GUGCUGAGAUGUGGAGGUCUUGUUAGCACUUGUCUGAGUUUCGAUCAAUAAGUUUGGAGUUUGAAAAGCGGGCGGACGAUGCAACAUAAGAUAUCGGGAAAGCUCCUGGUUGAUGUAACUCUACGCUCAGGGACUCGCAACGAAACCGCUGUGAAACAACAUCUUCUUGGCGCCCUCAGCGUAUCUACUCUCAAGAUGGCCUGUGUUCACCUGAACAAGAUCUUCAUCAAGAGUCGACUUCCUGAACGUCCAAUAUCGACACCGAAAACUCUCACCCGACCAAGACCUAGCAAGAACCGCGUGCGCGCGACACGCAUCAACAUGCUUCAAAUACGAUCUCUCAGCCUCCUCCUAUUCACCCUUCUUUCCUCGUCUUCCAUACCAACAGCCACCGCGAUCCCCCAACUCCCUGCCGGUGCCAACCUCAAAGAAGACAAUGGCCAAGUAACCAUCAACCGCGAUUCAACCGCCAACCAAACCGCCAACCACCUCCCUAUCCGCGCUACUAUAUUCUCCGGUGUACCCGGCCCCACCCACUGCCGCGGGCAUGUUAUCCUCCUUCUAGACCUACCACCCCCCUCGACUUCGCCAGAUGGCAACAGCCUCCUCACCACAACACCACAAUGCUACAACAUCCCCAGCGCCGGUAACCCUUCUUCUUCUACAGCCGGCUGCGGCAACUUUCUAGCCAACAAGUCAGACGGCUGCGAAGCGCGUGUGUUCGCCGAGCCGAAUUGCGCGGGGUACUUGAACACGGUGGUCUUCACCCAGGAGGACCGGGCGGUUGGGGGGCAGUGGCGAAGCUUGGAGGUGAGGUGUGGAGUGCCGGCUCCAGAUCCGGAGAGUUUAGGGAAGCCGCCGUUGGCGGGGGUUAUGGGCCAGGCGAGAAUCAAGGAGAAUAAGAAGCCGGGACGGCGGUGGGUAGGGUAAUUGACUACUUGAUGGAAUUUCUGUCGUCUGGUUUGGGCACUCGCCCGCUGUGAGCGGGAGAUCAAAGUUUGAGAUACGAUGUCAAUUACAUGACUCCAUUAUUUGUUAAAUAAACCUCUCUGCUGGUGGGAAGAAACUGCGUGCGCCGUUUGUAAACUAGUUCUUCGGGCAUUGUGCGUUUUCAAUGGGGGAAGGGCGAGCAGCAGCACGCAGAGUUGAUCCCGCAAUGAGGGCUUAUAAUGCCCAU